UGGCUGCUAACGGGACACUCGGCUGUCUUGUUGCUGUUCUUCAUGCCAAUCAAAGGUACCUUAGCGGCGGUUCACACUUCUGUCUCACCGCAACUGAAAUUGAAAUUAGUAUGAAGUAGCACCGACCCUCUAAACAGCCAGACACGCGAGUCAUCAGUCGAACUUGUCAUGUGCGGCACCAGAGCAUUUAUAAUCUUGCACCUUUCCUGAGAUCUUCAUUCAGACUCCGCCAAGUGCUCGGUGAGGAUGGAAGUUUCUGCUGCUGCCCCGAUCUUUCCACACACGCCCUUUGCUUCUCUUCCCUUUGGCCGGCUGCCACUACACUAUGGUCCGCCGGCUCCCUACGGCCUGCCCUGGCCCUGCCCGACACCGACGUGCUUUCACCCGGGACUGUCCCCUCUGGUCAAGCCCAGUGAACUUCCCGUCUUCUACCCCAGGAUUAACUUCGGGCUCCCCGCCUCCAGUGGGAAACCGUCUCCACCGACAGCCGACACUCAUCCUGUCCAGCCCAGAGUCGCGUCCUUCGGACCCAUCCCCGGGCUCCUGCCGACGGCCAGGGACCGACGCGUCCAGAACAGUCCCUCGGGCUCCGACAGGACGUCCCCCCGGGUACCGUCCACGUCACCUUCGCUGGAGAAGACCGUGAGCGACCGAGCCGAGUUCCGCCUGACCAAAGACAAGUCCGUGUCUAGAGAAGUGGACAUCAGCGGUGGCAAGAGGAAGAGACCGGAGAAGAAGUUCCCCUGUCCGUUCUGUACGGUGUGCUGCGCCAACAACGGACAGCUGAAAGGGCACUUACGGGUUCAUACUGGUGAGCGGCCGUACCCGUGUGACCACCCCGGCUGCGGACGCGCCUUCGCCCGGAACGAGGAGCUGACCAGACACCGCCGGAUCCACACCGGGGUCCGCCCCUAUCCCUGCACGGAGUGCGGCAAGGCCUUCGGCCGGAAGGACCACCUGACCAAGCACGCCAAGACGCACCUGAAGGGCGCCGAGAGGAGGGCGCUACUGCGGAGGGACCAGGUGACCUGCAAGGCCAGUGGGUCGGAGAGAACGGCGCUUCUGACAGUCUGCUGACCAGUCGCGACGCUUGGGUGUCUUUAGCCCGUAUGUUCGGACGACUCUAACGACGCAAAAGUGAUUUGAUUUGAUUUGAUUUAAUCAAGGACGUUUUAUCUUACGUCAUUGAUAAC